AUGGGAGAAAAUCCUUUCAUUGAUAACUCUGACGAUAUCGAAUUACCAGAUUUUGAAAAUAAGCCACAAUCACAACCUAUUCAGCCUAUGAAGGCUAAUGUUGUUGAAAAUGUUACAGAAAUUCCAAAAUUUGAUCCAUCAACCCUUCCUUUAGACAAAAAGGCCAGAUUGGAAGCAUUAAAAGCACGUGAAGCAGAAUUGCUUGCUAAACAAAAAGAAAUUCAAGCUACAGUUCAAGAUUUCGUAAAUGCACCAAAUUGGCCUUCGAUAUUCCCACUUGUUCACUAUGAUCCACAAGCAGAUUUGCCACCGUCAUCCAGAGAUUGCAUUCAAAAAUGCCUUUAUACCCUCAUUUUAUACACAAUUUUCAUUAUUCAUAAUUUAUUUGCUAUUCUUUGUGUGAGAAUCAAAGAUUACCAGCAUAUACAAAACUUCAUCUUCGCAUGCAUUCAAGGACUUGCCGGUUCCUACGUUUCAAUCAACUUUAUUUACAAUGGACUUUAUUCAGCUUGUCAGAAACGCGACAUUCCAUUCAGAUGGACAGUCUAUCAUUUCUUAUUCAUCGCAUGGUGUGUUUACCUUGUUGUUGGCUUCCCUUCAAGUGGAAGUGUUGGAUUGGCAACUUUCUUAGAUAUUAUCUCAAAGAGUGACAGUACAUUCUCCAAAUUCGUUGCAUUCUUCAAUUCUGCACUUGCUGGAGCUACAGCAUUCUACGCUUUCCUUACUCUUUCUGCAUCUCAGAAAUAUCAAAAGGUUAGCGGCCAAGAUGAACCUCUCGCUAACGACCAAGAGAAGAAAAUCUGA